CAAAAGGUGGUACUUCUCAGUUUCUCAAGAAUCACAUUCGCAUUCUCUCUUUUCUCCUCAGUCACUGUUUCUUCUUCUUCUUCAACCUCUGAUCAACUCACCAUUUCUGUCAUUCAUUCCCCAUUUCACAACAUGGGUCAUUCAUGGAGUGCCAACAACAUUAGUGAUGAUGAUACAACAACACCAGACAACAACAACAACAAUUUCAUUCCACCACCACCACUCCCACCUCUACAACCUCUUCUCAUUCCUCCACCGCCACCGCCGCAGGGCUACUUUUUCCCCUUACCAACCCCUUACGCUCCACCCUGUGCCAACUUCGUCACUCCCCCUCCUCCUCUGUCUCUGCCUCCUCAGCCCCAUUCCGUCUUCUACUCCAACCCCAUUGGCCACCCCAGUUAUGCUAACCCUGUCGUCGGUCAUGUUCAAUUCAACCCUUACUUCACCACUCCACAUGGCUGGUUCUCACCUCGCCCUUCUUCUUCUUCUGCUAAUUCCUCACUCUCCAACCAACCACCACCACCACCACCCUAUGUGAACCAUCAAACUACUAAGAAGAUCAGGAGCCAUGUCAAUGUUCACAAAGGCACUCUUCGGUUCGAGCUGGAUGAUCUCAAGCCUCAUCAUUACCUCGUUUCUUUUGUUUUUGAUGCUGUUUAUGAUGGCAGCAUCACCAUCAUCUACUUCGCCAAUGAAGAAGAGAGAUGCAGGUUUGUUCCGCUAUUUCCUGAUAUAUUUGAGCCAGUAAGAGUCCCCUUUCAGAAAGGAGUUGGCCAGAAAUUUGUUCAGCCUUCAGGAACGGGGACUGACCUAAGCAUCUUUGAGUUGGAUGCUCUUACAAAGUCCUCGCCUGAAGAGGAUGCCUUUCCUUUGAUAAUAUGCGCCGAAACAUGUGCAAUAGACGAAACUCCUGGACAUUCCAUGCCAGGUGCACAUCCACCACCUCACAUGCAAAUAACUCAGUGUGUCUUACAGAGAAGCAAUGGUGGCGGUGCUUUCCAGAUAAAAGUAGUUAGGCAGAUUCUGUGGAUUGAUGGUGUUCGUUAUGAGUUGAGGGAGUUAUAUGGAAUAGGAAGCUCAGGAGCAACAGAUUUUGAUAACAGUAAACCAGGGAAAGAUUGUGUAAUAUGCAUGAUUGAACCAAAAGAUACCGCUGUCUUACCUUGUCGACACAUGUGUAUGUGCAGUGAGUGUGCCAAAACUCUGAGGCUUCAGUCCAACAAAUGCCCUAUAUGCCGUCAAUCUAUUGAGGAACUUAUAGAGAUCAAGAUGAACAACAGCUAUCAUCAGUGAACUUCCUUUUCUCCUGAUGCUUAGUUGAAUUGCAUGGGAUUUCCUAUAAAUUCCUCACUUGUUUGUAAGAAAAUUAUAACCCUUUUUACAUACCUGAAGUCAGGUGAUAGAUAUAUGGCCUUUUUUUGUGUAAAUUGUAGUCAAUAAUCUGAUAGGAAGCCAAAUUCCUAUCAAGGUAGAGCAGUGAUAUAUGGUUUUUUUUUUUGUGUAAAUUGUAGUCCAUAAUCUGAUAGGAAGCUAAAUUCCUAUCAAGGUAGAGCAGUUAGAUCUAAUUAGAAAACUAAGAAAACUUUCCGGGCAAUCUUCAUUCAUCAGAGAUUCUACAUUAUAUUGUUAUUUUCAGAUCCUAGAAUUUGUUCUUGUGUCUACCAGUUGGCCUGCUACCAUAAUCUGUCUAUAGUUCUUGUGUGAUGUGUUAGGCGAAAAACACAGAUCUCAUAUGCUUUUCCUGCGAUUGAAUGUUACUCCCGCAUCAUC